AAUUUGACGAAAAAAUGAAAGGUGUUUGGCUCUAUAAAACCAUGUAGUUUCAUCGCUGUUUCUUUUGAAAAUGCUUUGAUAAUACCGUGUGAUAUAGUGCUUGUUCAUGGUAAGUAAAUACAAUUGAUCUGCAAGUUUAAAUUGCUCGGACCAAAAAAUUGUUAUUCAUAUAUAAAGUACAUGUUUAUAUUUUUUUCAAAGUUAGAGCCCCAAGCGGUACUAGCUUGACAGUCACGUCAAAGUUUCAAAUACAUUUACCACUGUUAAAAAGACUUCUUUGUGCCAAAAUAAGACUUUUCUAACAUGCGUAGUUUGUGUGCCAUAUAAUAUUUUGUUUAUAGUACUAGUAAUUAAAUAUGCUAUUUGUGAUGCAGUAUUUUAAUUUUUUUUUCGUAUCUUGCUACGAGUAUAUUGCUCAUAUGCGGUGAUAUAUGUGCGAUAUUUGAUCGUAAAUUUUACUACCCAGCUAUCAGAAAAUGAAAUAAAAAAUAUGAAUACAACAAGUGUUUCAUUUUACAGUAAUAAUAUACAACAAAGUUCCUAAGUAUAUACUUUAAUAAUUCUGCCCGACAUAUAUUGUAUUUAGUUAUUGCUCUACUUUCAUUAUUUAUACGUAAUUAAGGAAUUUCAUUUUCCCGUAAUAUUUGUUUGAACUUGCCAUUAAACAAAAUAAAUUUCUGUACAAUUACAUAUGCUUGUUCAUUUAUACAUUUCAGAGUUCAAAGUAAAUUAUGCAAUAAAAGUACAGAACAACGAAGAAUAUUUUUGCCCACCUCCUGAAAUCUAAAUUGAAAACGGAUGUUGUGCUUGUAUGAUAAUAAGUUAUGAAAAUUCAAUUGUGUGCCAAAACUAGAGAGCAGAUCAAGAGUUAAAGACUGUUGGCAGGUGAUUGUCCAUAAACAUUGCUGGGCACUUCAAAGAAUAUUCAAAUUUGAGAUGUAGGUUUAGGUUGCUAAUAUGAUUUUUUUAAGUUUCAGUAUAGGGCACAUUUCAAUAUGUAUGCCAAAGUAAAAUUUUCUUAUGACAGGGUAAUCGGCCAGAAUUAUAGGGGUUAGUUUCCGGCCAGAACUAAUAAAAAAGUAUGGCCGGAACCAGAACUCUGUUAUUUUCAGAGAUAUAGAAUAUCAAACGUUUUUGUGUCUAACUAAAGUUCACAGUAGGAAGAAAUUUGAACUACACAAGGAAAAUAUACACCAUUAACACUUCAUUACAAUGUUUAACGUUUGUCAAUCUUUUUAUUCUAACAUUCUCUCUCCUUGAUGACUUGAAGUGUCUGCCUGUCUGGCAGCAGACAAAGUAACAUAUGACUAUAUAUGGCUUAAUUAAUAAAUCAGUUUUUUCACUUUUUUCCAGUUCCGGUCAAACCCGGUUCCGGCCGGAACUUUAAAAAUUGGUUCCAGUGCAACCCAACAGAAUUAUGUCGGCAAACAGAACGACAAAGUUGUACGAAACUUUAACAUUUACAAAAUGAUCAGGUCAUUAUCAACAAAAGGCCAUCACUUGUAUGUUUUGGGUAGUUGUAUCUCACUUGAUCUGCAGCUGUCUUGACAACAUAAUUGACUAACAUGCCAUGCAAAAUAAACACAUAAAUUUGCCUAACUGGCCAGACAAUUAAGACUUGCGCGAUUAUGCCAAUCUGUAUCACAACUCCAAGCUGACAAUUUUCAAACUUUUGUGCAGAAACUGCACUCUCCAUCAUAAAUUGACUAAAUUAUUUUGUGUUUUUCAUCUGUUUAGUUGAACUUGCAGUAUGGGUGACCUUCAGGCGACUAUUGAGUUUCUAGUCGAGCUACACAAAUUUUAUAAUGUGGACCUUUUUAUAAGGGGGUAAGAUAGCACAACACUUAUGCCAGUGAGGCAAAUUAUUCUCCUGUUUUCACUAUCCCCAACUUUACUUGACUUUGAAAUGUUUUGUUUAUUUAGAUAUUAUCAAUUCCGUCUUACUUUUAAACCACCAAAAUCAAGCCAUGCAAUUCAAGUAGAAGUCUGUGAAGGCCAUGGUACAGUGUGCUUGUGUUUGACCGUAUAAAAAUUGUGCAUUUGACAGUAAAUGAGGAAAAAUAGCUAGUGUGGGAAUUAAAUGAUUUUUAUUGAAUUUCUUCCUGGAUAAUGAGUAAGUCAUCCACAGUAUUAUGAUCAAUAAUUGUAAAUAACUUGUUUGCAGGUGAGAGAGGUGCCUUCUCAUUGUUCCCUGCAUAUGUCACAGAUGACGGUCAAACUGCUGUUUCUCGCACGUUCAAUAUCUACUAUAAAGAUGAAGAAGUGUUGCUAAAAGAUGUAUUUCUCUUUAGAGUACAUUUGUUAAUUGAUAGUACAAAGGUAUAUAGUUUAUAUAUAAAUAUUAAACAGCUAAAAUGUGAAAUGAACUUUCAGCAUGAACUUCCAUGAUGAUGAUCAGAUGAUGAUGAUCAGAUGAUGAUGAUCAGAUGAUGAUGAUCAGAUGAUGAUGAUCAGAUGAUGAUGAUGAUCAGAUGAUGAUCAGAUGAUGAUGAUCAUCAUCAGAUGGUGGUGAUGAUGUCAUAUGAUUAUGUCAUGAUUAUGUCAUGAUAAUGAUGAUGCCACAUGAUGACAGUAGAUGAUGAUGAUGAUCAUCAUUUGAUGAUGAUGUUAUAUGAUGACAUCAGAUGAUGAUGUUAAUUAUAUGAUGAUGAUGUUGUAAGAUGAUGACAUGAGAUGAUGAUAAUAUCGUCAUGAUGUCAGAUGAUGAUGUCAUGAUGCAUUGUGAUAAAUGAUCUCUUAGUUUGUCUAGAUGCAUAGUGUGUUGUGUAGCUAGCAUUUGUCCUACUAUUUACAGGCUGCGGAUUGUAUUGACAAAGCAGCGUUGGAAAUGACGGUUGAUGUUCAUUUUACAGAUCAAGUAGUUAGGUAAAUUUUUAAUUCCUCUUCAAAUAUUGUAUGUCCACAUCUGGUGCUCUGAUGAAUAUAUGUCCAUUUACUUCCAGACAGAACAAUUAUCGCAGUUUACCUCUUGUUACAUCGAGAACGCUCAAAUUUCACUUCUCCUGUUUCAAUGGCUUACACCACCAGGUAUACUACUUAACCUUAAAGUUUAUGACUUGGUUUUAGCUAUCUAUUUAGCCUGAUUCACAAAAGAAAAUAAGCAUUUGCAGCACAUGUGCAUGUUCACAGGCUUCAAAAAAGGCACAAGAGAAGGUUCCGCCUAUGUUUAAAUUAAUUUUUUGUAGAUUUAACCAUUUCCAUUAUGGAAAUUGGUAAAUUGGUAGCUAAAUGUAAUUUGGAAAACAGAGCAUAUUGCCGAAUUUUUGACUGUUGCUAACACCUUAAAUCUAGAGUGCCAAGUUUGUAAUGCUUGUUUGUUUUUUCCUCAGGUACCAUUGUUGUUCGAUUAUUACUACUUCUCUGUUCUUGAUAUGAUUGUUCAUGCUAAUGUUGUGUCUCUUGGUUUACCUAACUGGGGGUAAGUACAGUACAUAUUAUAUUGUGUAGCCUUGAAAGUCAUUGUUAUCUGUAGCAACUAUAUGUUGAACUCUAAAGUAAAUUAACCCAUUAAUUGCAUUAUCGACUAAAUUUUGAUCUAGACAAAAAUUUCAUCACAGCUUGAAAGAGCAUCACAAAAUUAGUAACAUUCCAAAGUUUCGUUGCGAAAUAUUGUAAAAUGCGGAUAAUAUAGCCCUGCAAAAUUUGCAAUUUUCAGUCAUUUUGUAUUACAAACGAGAAAUUGAUGCCCCAACACACACCCGAUUGGGCUGUCAAUUUCCCGUGUGUGAUACAAAAUGACUGAAAAACGGCAAACUUUGCAUGGCUAUAUUAUUCGCAUUUUACAACAUUUCGCAACAAAACUUUGGAAUAUUACUAAUUUUGUGAUGCUCUUUCAAGCUGUGAUGAAAUUUUUGUCUAGAUCAAAAUUUAGUCUAUAAUGCAAAUGGUCCAUUAACCGAAUUAUUCCCAAGACUCCCCUUGACAAGUAAAAUCGUCUGAUGUUAGACAGCGAGGGUAAAACAAUAAAGUAUGAUGCAUUUGGGUGCAUUGCAGCUUAAUGGGUUACUCUAUUUAUACACAAGAAUUUAUCCAUUACAGUAUUCUCAAGCAAAUAAAAACAGGAUGGUUCAGUAAAUCUAGCACAACACCACGUUUGCCUACGCCUCUCUUUUUUACAUCUCUUUUUGGCAAUCGUUCACAGCUCGGAAUGCAGGUGAGGUCAGGUCUUUUGAUAAAAAAUAAGUAAUAUGUAUAGGCCUAUUACAUGCACUGCUGAACUACAGGUACAUACAGUGCAACCUAUAUAUCAUUGCAUAGCAUGAGACGAUUUUUAUGUUCUAUAAAUAUUUUCAACAUACUGUAUAACUUGGACUGCCCUAGCCAACUGAGACGUUCAAAUUCAGACAUUGAAUGCACAACAGAGACCUGAGGGAUAAGACGCCGAUUGAUCUUCCGAAGGUGAACAGUGCAAUAGGUCAAUCAACAUUCAAGUAUGGGUGUGUUCCUUUAGUGCAAUCCGGUUUUGGAUCUUCAAAUCCGAUUAUCGAUUUUCAGUUUCAUUUAACAAAAUCUUAAAAUAGAUUCGAAUCUGAUGAAUCCACCUCAACAUAAGGAUUUUUCGGAUUCAAUCUGGAUCUUGAUUAGGAUUCAACGUUCCUUGACCCGACCGAAAGGUAUAUUAAUGGGACAGAAAACUUAUUGUAAAAUGGCGUGAAAACGGCAGGCGAAUUCCGAUUCUCACAAUUCGUUCCAUUUGUUUAACGAAUCCAAAAAAUCCGAAUCCUAAAAAUCGAAAUCUAGAUUUACAAAAGAAACACUCGCUAUGCUGGUGCAAAAGACUGGGACUUUUUAUCUUUAAACAUUAGAGAAAUAUUAUCCUUCUCAAAAUUUAAACAUACUGCUUACACGCAUCUUUUAGAACUUGACAAUAAGUCUCAUAUUUGUAGUGUAUAAGAAUAUGCAUGUUUAUAUUGUAUAUAUAAAACAAGUGUAAAUACUAACGUUGUUAAUGGACGACUUGCGCUUUAGAAAAAUUUUUAGUCUGGAAAUAACAAAGGAUAUUUUCGUAAAGAAGUUAUCAAAAUUAGAAAAACUGCAAAGUUUGGUUGCGAAAUGUUGUAAAAUACGGAAAAUAUAGCCCUGCGAAGUUGGCAAAUUUGUAUACAUUUCUAUUACGUGCGGAAAUUGGUAACUAAUUUAGUUACCAAUUCGCGCACGUAAUACAAAAGUAUAUAUACAAAUUUGCCAACUUUGAAGGGCUAUAUUUUCCGUAUUUUACAACAUUUCGCAACCAAACUUUGUAAUAUUACUAAUUCCAACACGCUCUUUCUAGCUGUGGUGAUAGAUUUCGUUGUUCUUACUUAGAUUAAAAUUUAGUCUAAAGCGCAAGUCGUCCAUUCAAUAAUUGUAUUCACUGUUCUCCCGUUAAUACCAGCAACAUUGCUGAUGGGAGUUUUAACAGUUUAAAUAAAAUCUUUAUUAUACUACUUUAUUACUUCAUUCUUAUUCAAAUCACCCUUCCAGUUCCGGAAGGGUGUGUUCUACUAAAUCUGUCGUUUAGUUAGUUUUUAUUUAGUAGUAAGUACAGUAGGUAACUAUCAAUCUAGUCGUGUACUCCCUCGGGUGAUACCAGGUGAUGUCAAUCCUGGUCUCUAUAAUCACAGCCUUGACAUCAGUUCAUCAUCUAAGGCCCCGUUUAAACAUAGCAAUAUAGUUAACAUAAUGUUUUUGUGUUUAGUUUUGCAGUGAUGUGACACUAAGGUGUAUUUGUAUUCAGUUUUACAGCGAUGUGUCACUGAGGUACGCUGUGACAAACUCCAGUUCCAUCUCAAGAGAAAAUUUUGAAAAAGCUUCCGCUAUUCACAGGUUCGUGCGUGAUGAUACUUCAAUAAACCUUUUUUAUAAUGACGUCAAACGCUGAAAACCAAUAUAUGCGAUGUUCCACAGCAAAGUGCAAGUCGUUGGCGAGCCAACAAAUUUCAUAAAAACAUCAUUUGCAUCGCGAGUUGUCGCUAAAAAUUGUGCCUUGGGACAUCGCAUUAAGUGUUUUUCUUCGUUUGACGUCAUUAUAAGAAAAGUCUAAUAUCUGAUCAUAAGUAUUUCAAGCAAACGCUCAAGGAAAACAUGCGUAUUUGGUGUUAUUUUUUUAGGAAUCUCUGUGCUAUACUGGCCAUGGCCCAUUCUCAAC